UCAUUGUCACAAGAAAUGGAUAUGCCGGAGGAAAAUUCACAAAUUUUGAGAACUAGUUUACCGGAACAGUCAUCGUCCGACGUCAAACCGCUAGAGCACCAGCAGCCGCCGAUGUGGCUCAACAGGGAAAUACUUUUACCACAAAGUCAAUAUACUGUUGCCGGCGCUGGGGAGAAUUUGCAGUCCGACUCAAACCAGUGGUUAUCAAGGUCGAUUUUACAGAGGAAUAUAAGCGAUGUUCAGGCAUCCAAUGAUUCCGAUUUGAAUAAGGACGAGUUUGGUGAGAGUGAAGUCGUGAAUUGGCAAAAUGCGGGGUAUAAAGCUGAAAUUCUGGCACAUCCAUUGUUUGAGCAGUUGUUGUCAGCCCAUGUGGCGUGCUUAAGAAUAGCAACGCCUGUAGAUCAGUUGCCAAGGAUUGAUGCACAGCUGGCACAGUCGCAGCAAGUAGUAGGCAAAUAUUCCGGCCUUGGACAUGGGAAUCUUGCUGAUGACAAGGAACUUGAUCAGUUUUUGACACAUUAUGUCCUGUUGCUUUGUUCUUUUAAAGAACAACUACAACAACAUGUUCGUGUUCAUGCAAUGGAAGCAGUUAUGGCUUGCUGGGAAAUCGAGCAGUCGUUGCAAAGCUUAACUGGAGUUUCUCCAGGAGAAGGUACAGGUGCUACAAUGUCUGAUGAUGAAGAUGAACAGGUGGAUAGUGAUGCCAAUUUGUUUGAGGGAAGUUUAGAUGGUCAUGAUAGCAUGGGCUUUGGUCCUUUGAUCCCAACAGAGAGUGAGAGAUCAUUGAUGGAGCGUGUGAGGCAGGAGUUAAAACACGAGUUGAAACAGGGUUACAAGGAAAAACUAGUGGAUAUUAGAGAGGAAAUUCUUCGAAAGAGAAGGGCAGGAAAACUCCCCGGCGAUACUACCUCUGUCUUGAAAGCUUGAUGGCAAUCACAUUCAAAGUGGCCAUACCCCACUGAGGAAGAUAAGGCAAAACUGGUACAAGAGACAGGUCUUCAACUAAAGCAGAUAAAUAAUUGGUUUAUUAACCAAAGGAAAAG